GGAUUUCCAGAAUUUUUUACACUAGACACAUUUUAUAUUCAAGAAGUUAAGAUCUCAGCUUUAGAAACAAAUUUCUUCAAAGGGUUAACCAUUAGAUCUGGAAUGUGGACAAGUGACUAUCGGUUAUGUUGUCCGCAAGUUUUGAAUUCCAAUAUAUCCUCAGACAAAUGUCAUGGACCCGUUGAUGUCAUCUCUUCAUGUGAAAAUCUUGUUGGUGAUGUAUUUAAGAGAUUUAUCAUAUGGAUUGUUGGCUUAGUAACCAUUGUAGGCAACGGGAUAGUAUUAGCAUACAGACUUGUGUGGAAUAGAAAAAUAUUUAGAAAUGCUUAUGAAAUUUAUGUUACAGGUCUGGCAUUUUCAGAUUUUCUUAUGGGGAUAUAUUUAAUGAUAAUUUCCAGUGUAGAUAUUUAUUAUCAAGAUGUGUAUGUCUUGGAAGAGACACAUUGGAGAAAUGGAAUUUUGUGCCAGGUUUCUGGGUUUUUAUCAACUCUCUCUAGUGAAACAUCAACAUUCUUUAUUUGUUUGAUAACUUUAGACCGUUACUUGAGUAUCACUUAUCCAUUUGGUGAAUAUAGACUUUCAAAAGUCUGGACUCUUGCACUAUUUACAUUGGCUUGGUUAAUUGGUAUUGUCCUGGCAGCUGUUCCCAUUGUAGUAUCUACUUGGGAAAUUUAUUCUUCAAACAGUUUGUGCUUGGCUCUGCCAUUUAGUUUUGAUCAUUUCAGAGGCUGGGAGUUUUCGUUUGUAGUUUAUGUUGGAGUCAAUUUUGUUUUAUUUUUACUCAUAGCUUUCGGUCAAGUCGCCAUAUUUGUAAAUAUAUACAGAAGAAAACAAUCUAUGUUUUGCUUAAAGAAUCAUCGCAAAAGAAGAUUACAAGACUUAGCUGUAGCCAAAAAACUGGCAUUUGUCGCUAUGUCUGAUUUUCUGUGCUGGUUUCCUAUCGGCGUCAUUGGCUUUUUUUCAAUGACAGGACACACAUUUGACCGCGAUGUUUACGCUUGGUUUGCUGUGUUUGUUUUACCAAUAAAUUCAGCAUUAAAUCCAAUUAUUUAUACAAUUCCUGCAAUAUAUGCAAGAUGUAAACGUAACGGUGAACAGACACUGGAUACAAGUUUAAAUACUCUUUCGUUGCUAAGGAAAUAGUUUUAACCCGGGAUCGAUUUGAAAUGAAUUUAUAAAAUUUCUUGAAUAGAAAUGUUUGUUGCGAGCGCUUUUUUAUAUCAUUUCAGGUUUGCAUAAUUUGUUGACUAAUAUUUUGAAUGAGAUGUAAAUGUGUGUGAAAUUCUUAAGAUUGGAAUUUUUUUGACAUCAUAUUUGUAAAACAAGAAAAACAUCCAAAAAUAUUUUUUUUAAAAGCGUAUACGAGGUGUAACAGUAUCAAUUAGUUUCUGAUCAGUUAUGUAAUAAAAUUUGAAAUAGAUAUAGACUAGGCAUGUCAAACA